UGUAGCAAAAAAAAAAAAAAGCAAAACCCCUAUUUCCAAUGCCAGAGUGGUGUCAGAUGCAUUAUGCUGCCAUCACUGUUCUCUUGUGUGCUCUCGUUCCUGAAACUAGCAAAAAAAAUUUCCUUAGGAACUGGAUCUGUUCCCUGCCACGUGCAUUUGGCCAAGUCGGUGCAGAGAUCCUAACUUCUGUAGUCAAGAGCUGCAUGCAGCGAGCGUUCAGGACAUACUGGUGCCCUCGACUGGCGUGUCUGUGAGAGUCCCUUGUAUCACACAAGCACCAUCUGUGCCUCUACUGUUUCCAGGACUUGGGAGGCCAGUAAUUUUCUACAUGUAUUUAACAAGCUGGAAAGAAAGAUGCCUCCUCUUGGCUCCAGGGCUCAGUCACACUGAAAAGAGAAAGCAGAGCUGCAGGCCUCUCCUUGUGGUGGUGGGGAACACGCUGUUGCUGAUGUGGCUGAGUCCUACCAGUGUUGCCAUCAAAGAGCCAGCUUUGUCUCAGUUUUGGUGUUGUGGAGGAACAAAAGAGAGUUGUCCCUAGAUAAAAAGGCCAUUGAAUGCAAUGGGUGCCGGAGCCAUCGGCAGAGAGGACGAGCAAAGGAACCUGUUUGCAGAGAGGGGCUGCUGCAGGAGGCAGAGCCAUUUCCUCCACAUCGGGCAUGAUGUCUCUGGCAGUCCUGUCAGCAUGGAUGUUGGAAAGUGCCGGUCCAGCUGCCUGUCCCAGCGGAUCAACUCCCCUGACCCAGGCCUCCUGGGGCUCUCCAGACACUCCUCCAUGCUCGAUUUCCUUAGAAGCAAGAAGCUGCAGGUCAGGCGCCCCGACUCGCCGCUGCGGCCGGGAGCCCCACGCUCCUGUCCUGCGGGUUCCUGCUGCGAGCCUGCCCGUGUGCACGUGGAGCGGCUCCUGCUCUUCGAAGGCGUUCGGGAGGUGGAGGUGGUCGACGGCUGUCACUGCAGCACAUGCCCUGAGGAAUGCCUCCGUCUCCCAGCUCUGAAAACCUUCUUUCCAGACUCUCCCUGGGAGGUCACAGUUGAUGUGGGGAAAUGUUCUGACCCAACCUACAGUGCAGGUGGACUUUUCUGCAUGCCCACAAGAUUCAACACUGCUCUAGUCAAAAACCCACAAGGUGGGGAGGUAGUUCAGAUGCUGGAGAACUGUGAAAUGAAGGAAAAAUGCUAUCGCAUUUCCCAGGUGGAAUAUUAUUAUGAAAUUGUGCACAGCUCUGCAGGACACAGGGAAGAGCGGCUCAAGGAAAUUGAUGUGGGAAGGUGCUUGGGCAGCUGCUCCUCGGGGGAUCCCUGCUUGCUUAGGGAGUCACAAGGUGGAGAGAAAUGUCUGGUUUGGGCAGAAGCUGCCCCCAGCCGCUGCGCCCCUCACCGCUAUGACGUACACACGUUCAGGAGCCGCCGAGACCGCGUUCGCACCGUCAUUGCCAUCCAGCAGUGCAAGUGCAGGGGGUAG